AUGCCACAACGUUGGCUGUCUGUUAGGAAAGUCAAAGGAGAACCAAGCAAAAGCCACGAUACAUCCCACGCCCGCGUUGAUGAUGGCUUCGACUUCGCUUUCACAGCCGAAGACGACCUGCCGCGGAGGCGGGUGCUUGGCGCCGCGGCGAGGCCGGCUACUGCUGGCGAUGACUGCUACAGAACAAGACGAAAGCCCGAUCUCACCUUACUUAUCGAAAGGCCCAAGAGCUCCGACUCUGCAUUGCAGAAGACACCUCUUUCCGCUCGAUUCCGCGCCUCUCAAAUCGGACUCGCUAUUGGUAGUCCUCGCCGCCCUCCCCAAUUCAACAGCAUAGCUUCAUCGAUGAGCCCUGUACAGCAAUAUCAUGCCUGUAGCCCAAAGAAGCCGUCGCUGGGCCAGACAACCAAAGUAAAGAAGUGGAAGUUCGGCGCUCUCUUCAGAUCAAAAUCUAAUCUCAACAAAGAUACCUUCUACAAAUUACAACCACCCAAGCCGGACAGCAACAAGCUUGGCCUCCCACCCAGUGGAAGGGUACCAUGGCGCAAUCCCAAAAGUCCACUACCGUCACCUGAUGGUUCUGACGAUUGUAGACAGGUCAGCGUCAGGAGGCAGUACCGUGUAGGAUCCGAGGUCGAAUCACCCGAUGCUAGCACAGAGUCUGAAGGUCAAUUUAAUGGUGUUACCAGUACGCCAUUACUUCAAGUCAGUAUACCAGGAACUCCGCUCGAGCCCUUCAGUAUCAUGUUCCAGGAGAUUGACGACAUUCAGCAGUCGAAAUUGUUAGUACGUAGAAGCAAGGGCUUGGAGAAGUUGAUUAUAACGGACAGGUCCGAUCCUCAUCAAACAGAACUUGCUGUGCCAAAGAUUGUUCGACGAGCUACCUCUCCAACCACUUCGUCCCCUCGAUUCAUGCCUCAUACUGGAGCUCAAACACCGAACGCUACCAAGUACUCCCUCUUCCCAACAACUCCUACCCUAUCCACCUUUCUGCCGUCCAGAAAUAUGACGAGCCCCUAUCGCAAUCGAUCUGCCACAGCGCCAUUAUCAGAAUUUUCUCUCACGGCAAAUGCAAUAGGCCCCACAGCGAAGUCUGCAGACACACAGGGAGACUUCCCGCCACCAGUCAACAAGGAACUCAUCCAUUCAAAACAGCAUGUUCCAUCAGUACACUCGUCUGCGUCCAGUCAAAGUGAGAUAUUCUUCGAUGUGAAGAGUUUCCGUAAUUCAGAUGGCCAGGUUGGUCAGCAAUUCGAGAUGACACGACCGGGCUCUGCUGCUGUACAACUCGCUCGAUCUAGGUCAAAUGCGCGCAGGCUUCAGCGACAACCAAAUACAAGCGAUACAGGGAUCGGUACUGUGACUACCGAUAGUGACAGAGAGCUCAACACGACUUCUUUCGCAAUAGACGAGACAAUCGCCAUUGUGGAAAGAUUUGUUCUUCCACCUACGCCUGAUCACCUCGCCUGCUAUGUGCCUCCGAUUAGUGCCAGGCCGAUGGAGCCCAUUAACCACAGUCGCAACGCAAGGUCUCAGGACAAUAGCACCUUGUCGAAGAUUGGCAUGAUCUCUACGAAAGAGGCAAAGGCGAAAGGCUGUCUGAAGUCAUCGAAGCUCGAGGUCAUUGUCCCGUCGCCAGUGAUUGAAUGUGCCGAAGAGUUAACCCCAAUCAGAUCUGCGAAGGAACAUGUCAACAUGACUUCAGUCGCAAGAACGACCUCGGCAGCGUCGACUGACAUUAGAGAGAAAAUACUGCCGCCAUCUCCACCUCGUCUUGCUUUCCAGGUCCAAAACCACCAACACAUCCCUCUAUCAAGAUAUGCUCCCAAAUCAACCACUGAUGAACUAGUCAACCACGUCGGCGUACGCCCAGUCAGGCUGGUUCGCUCAAAUACAGAAGGCACACACAUAUACCCAUCUCGGAGCCCGAACGUGGCACGACCACGUUAUGCGACUAGAUCGGCCACACUCCCACUACCACCAGCACCAAUCGUCGCAGGUCCAGGCUCGAAUUCCAGACCUAUGCCAACCAUGAUAGCUUACGCGAGACCUUCAGCAGAAGUCUCCGUGGCACGCACAGUCUCACUCUCUCGAAAGCCAAGCGUAGCUGCAAAGGUGACAGUUGCACGAACACAAUCCGUUCGAAAGCACGAGCCUACAGUUAGCAUAAACAGGGUGGACUCCAUAUCACAGAAGCAUGAGAGGAUCAGAGAGUCUGUACAGGAGAAAAAGAAAGAAGUCAGCCUAGGUGUGCCGGUCGUUCAAGAGGUGCAUACUCGUCAUAAGCCGGGACUGAGUCAGGAUGUUUUACUUGAAAUUGCGAGUAUCGACGGAACACCAGUGCCACAGAAUUCGCCUCCACCAGUACCGGCUGGGAGCCCGAUCUUCUCUGAACGGCAAUUAGAGUUACAGGAACUAGUGCAGUGA